AUGCUGGGAAAGUUGAGGAAAUCAGUGGCAAAAUUGCCAUUCCAUGAAUCAAACUUGGCCUUGAAACAGGUGAAGUGUGAUGCUUGUAUAGAGGAAAAUGGAGUGUGUAAAUGCGAUAAUGGUGACAUCGAGGGCAUGGUGAUGACAGAAGAUGCUGCUGAUCAACAAGCUAGGUCGGGGAAUAGCUCUUUUCUUCAUGCCGUUUUGAAUAUGAGUGGCAUGCUCAUAGGUCUUGGUCAGUUGUCAACUCCAUAUGCACUAGAAAAUGGAGGAUGGGGUUCAGUUUUCCUGCUUGUAGGACUGGGGUUUAUAUGCACCUAUACUUCUCACGUUCUCGGAAAAUGUCUCGAUAAGAAUCCCAAAUCGGAAAGCUUUGCAGAUAUAGGAGAGAAUGCAUUUGGGAGAAAAGGAAGAGUUUUAACAACAACCUUCAUCUACAUAGAAAUAUUCAUGGCCCUUGUGUCUUACACUAUUUCACUCCAUGAUAAUCUGAUCACAGUGUUGUCAGGGACCCAAAUUAAGCUACCAGGGGUGCCUAAUCUUCAUACAUCUCAGCUCAUAACUGUGGUUGCUGUUUUGAUAGCACUUCCAAGUCUAUGGUUGGGAGAACUUUCUUCUAUAUCUUUCCUUUCAUCAGGUGGUAUCCUCAUGUCACUCGUUGUCUUUAUAUCAGUGGUCUGCACAGCUGCUUUUGGAAGUGUUGAGGCUAAUCACAGCAUACCCUUUUUACAUGUGAAAAACAUUCCUGCCAUAUCCGGUCUUUAUAUCUACAGUUAUGCUGGCCAUUUUGUUUUCCCCAAUUUAUACAAAGCCAUGAAAGAUCCAUCCAAGUUUACUAAGGUAUCUAUUGUGAGCUUUGCAGCAUGCACACUACUUUACACUGCUCUAGCAUUCCUGGGAGCCAAGAUGUUUGAGCCAGAAGUCAACCCUCAGAUCACCCUCAGUUUGCCCCGACAUCAUUUUAUCACAAAAAUUGCAUUAUGGGCAACUGUGCUAACUCCCAUGACUAAAUAUGCACUUGAGUUUGCACCUUUUGCCAUUCAGCUUGAGAAUAACUUACUAGAUUCUUUGAGUUCUCGCAUGAAGUUGAUCAUAAGAGGCUUCGUAGGCUCUAUUCUCCUUCUAGUGAUACUAUCCCUUGCUCUUUCGGUUCCAUAUUUCGAGCAUGUGCUGAGCCUCACUGGCUCCCUCGUAAGCGUCUUUAUUUGCAUGACUUUUCCCUCUGCUUUCUACAUCAAGCUUUCAUGGCCUCACAUAUCCAAACCUGUCCUCAUUCUUAACCUUUCCCUCAUCGCUUUUGGUUCAAUUCUUGGAGUACUUGGAACCAUUUCAUCAGCAAAGAUGCUAAUAAAAACCCUACUCAGAGCUCACUCGACACGGGUCCGUUAA